AAACGCUUCAGUGCAUGUUCUCGUUUCGCAGUCGUGGAUUGAGAAAGACUUGUGUGUGGUUCAGCCUCUCGCUUCCGCGCUGGAAGAGGAAGGGGAGGAGAAGAGAUACGAAAAAGGGAAAAGCAAAGCGAGCGACUUGCAAAGAAAAGGUUGAGGGAAGGGGGAGGAGGGAGAAGGCGACCCGAUCUGCGCACGCCCCAUCGGCCUUUGCGCCAACUGCGCACGCGCUUGCGGUUGCAACCGUCAGGGCAAGGAAAGAGCCCCGAGAGUUCAAAGCCGCGCUCGGGACCCUGCUCCUCCCUCCCCUGAGCAACCGUCACUUUCCUGCUGUUGCCGGGCGGCCUUCCCUUCUGGUCCUUUCAGCCCCGGUCCUGUCAGGGUGAGGAAAAGGAUGCACGGCGGUGUUUUGUCCCAGGCCAACCCCGGCGCUGAGUGAGACAAGGCCGGGCCGGGCGGCGGUUGACCGAGUAAGGGAUGUCGCCGCCGCCCCCCGACGCUGGGUCCUGCCGCUGCCGCCCCCGGCGGCUCCCGCUGCCUCUGCCCUCCUCAGGUUCCGAGCGUCGCCCGCGGCCGCCGCUCCGGGCCCCGGAGCAACGUCGGGCUCGGCCCCAGCAGUGACUCCCGUCGCUUCCCCUCACAGGGGACGGGACGGGGCAAGCAGAAUGCAGGCGCCGCCGCUGCUGUACGAGUUCUUCAGCGAAGAGAACGCGCCCAAGUGGCGGGGGCUGCUUGUGCCCGCGCUGAAAAAGGUUCAGAUGCAAGUCCACCCUAAACUGUCAUCUACUGAUGAUGCUUUGCAGUAUGUUGAGGAGUUAAUUUUGCAGUUGCUAAACAUGUUGUGCCAAGCUCAGCCAAGAAGCUUCCUGGAUGUAGAGGAUCGUGUACAAAAAAGUUUUCCCCAUCCAAUUGAUAAGUGGGCAAUAGCUGAUGCACAGUCUGCAAUUGAAAAGAGGAAACGAAGAAAUCCAUUAUUUCUCCCAGUGGAAAAAAUUCACCCAUUGUUAAAAGAAGUUCUUGGUUAUAAAGUUGAUCACCAGGUGUCUGUUUACAUAGUGGCAGUAUUAGAAUACAUUUCUGCAGAUAUCUUAAAGUUGGUUGGGAACUAUGUAAGAAAUAUAAGACAUGAUGAAAUUACUAAACAAGACAUCAAAGUGGCAAUGUGUGCUGAUAAGGUGUUGAUGGAUAUGUUCCAUCAGGAUGUAGAGGAUAUUAGUACGCUGACUUUAUCUGAUGAAGAACCCUCUACUUCAGGAGAACAAACCUACUAUGAUCUUGUAAAGUCAUUUAUGGCAGAAGUUCGACAGUAUAUAAGAGAGCUAAAUCUCAUAAUAAAAGUUUUUAGAGAACCCUUUAUUUCCAACCCUAAGCUGUUUUCUGGUCAUGAUGUAGAAAAUAUAUUCAGUCGAAUAUCAGAUAUUCAUGAACUUAGUGUGAAAUUGUUGGGUCAUAUUGAAGACACAGUAGAAAUGACAGAUGAAGGCAGUCCCCAUCCCUUAGUAGGAAGCUGUUUUGAAGAUUUAGCUGAGGAGUUAGCAUUUGAUCCUUAUGAAUCGUACACUCAAGAUAUUUUACGGACUGGUUUUCAUGACCAUUUUCUUAGCCUGCUAUCAAAGCCUGGGGCAUCAUUCUAUUUACAGUCAAUAGGAGACGGUUUUAAAGAAGCUGUUCAGUAUGUUUUACCCAGGCUGCUUCUAGUUCCUGUAUACCAUUGCCUUCACUAUUUUGAACUGUUAAAGCAAUUAGAAGAGAAAAGUGAAGAUGAAGAGGACAAAGAAUGUUUGAAGCAAGCAAUUACAGCCCUGCUUAAUCUUCAGAGUAGCAUGGAAAGGAUAUGCUCCAAAAGUCUUGCAAAGAGAAGGCUUAGUGAAUCUGCAUGCCGGUUCUAUAGUCAACAAAUGAAGGGAAAGCAGCUCGCAAUCAAGAAAAUGAACGAAAUCCAGAAGAACAUUGAUGGCUGGGAAGGUAAAGACAUUGGACAGUGCUGCAAUGAAUUUAUAAUGGAGGGGACUCUCACACGUGUGGGUGCCAAGCAUGAAAGACAUAUAUUUCUCUUUGAUGGUCUAAUGAUUUGUUGUAAAUCAAAUCAUGGCCAGCCAAGACUGCCUGGUGCUAGCAAUGCAGAAUAUCGUCUGAAAGAAAAGUUUCUCAUGCGGAAGGUACAAAUCAAUGAUAAAGAUGACACUAAUGAAUACAAACAUGCCUUUGAAAUAAUUUUAAAAGAUGAGAACAGUGUUAUAUUUGCUGCUAAAUCGGCAGAAGAGAAAAACAACUGGAUGGCAGCCUUGAUCUCUUUACAGUAUAGAAGCACCCUGGAGCGAAUGUUAGAUGUAACAAUGCUACAAGAAGAGAAGGAGGAACAGAUGAGAUUUCCAAGUCCUGAGCUUUAUAGGUUUGCAGAACCUGAUUCUGAAGAGAAUAUUGUUUUUGAAGAAAACAUGCAGCCCAAGUCUGGAAUCCCUAUUAUCAAGGCAGGAACUGUUGUCAAACUCAUUGAGAGACUUACGUACCAUAUGUAUGCUGAUCCCAAUUUCGUUCGAACAUUUCUUACGACGUAUAGAUCUUUUUGCAAACCUCAGGAAUUAUUGAGUCUCCUGAUAGAACGAUUUGAAAUUCCAGAACCUGAACCAACAGAAGCAGACCGCAUAGCUAUAGAGAAUGGAGAUCAACCUCUUAGUGCAGAGCUAAAAAGAUUUAGGAAGGAAUAUAUACAACCUGUACAGCUGCGAGUAUUAAAUGUAUGCCGACACUGGGUGGAACAUCACUUCUAUGAUUUUGAGAGAGAUGUAGAUCUUUUGCAACGGUUGGAAGAAUUCAUUGGCACAGUCAGAGGUAAAGCUAUGAAGAAAUGGGUUGAGUCAAUCACAAAGAUAAUUCAUAGGAAGAAGCAAGCACAAGCCAUUGGGCCAAGUCAUAAUAUUACUUUUGAAAGCUCACCACCUCCAGUUGAGUGGCAUAUUAGCAGGCCAGGACACAUUGAAACAUUUGACCUGCUCACUUUGCAUCCAAUAGAAAUUGCUCGACAGCUCACAUUACUUGAAUCUGAACUUUACAGAGCUGUGCAGCCAUCAGAACUGGUUGGAAGUGUAUGGACGAAAGAAGAUAAGGAAAUCAAUUCUCCUAACCUGCUGAAGAUGAUUCGACAUACCACUAAUCUUACCUUGUGGUUUGAAAAAUGCAUCAUAGAAACGGAAAACCUAGAGGAAAGAGUAAUUGUAGUAUGUCGGAUUAUUGAGAUCUUGCAAGUUUUUCAAGAACUAAACAAUUUUAAUGGUGUUCUUGAGGUUGUCAGUGCCAUGAACUCUGCACCUAUUUACAGAUUGGAUCACACCUUUGAACAAAUCCCAAGCCGCCAGAAAAAGAUUUUUGAAGAAGCUCAUGAACUGAGUGAAGACCACCAUAAGAAAUACUUGGCAAAACUCAGGUCUAUUAAUCCUCCAUGUGUGCCUUUCUUUGGAAUUUAUUUAACAAACAUCUUGAAAACAGAAGAAGGCAACCCUGAAUUUCUUAAACGUCAUGGGAAGGAGCUUAUCAAUUUCAGCAAACGGAGGAAAGUGGCUGAGAUUACAGGAGAGAUCCAACAGUACCAAAACCAGCCAUACUGCCUAAGAGUAGAAUCUGACAUCAGAAGGUUUUUUGAAAAUCUGAAUCCAAUGGGAACCAGCAUGGAAAAAGAGUUUGCAGAUUAUCUGUUCAACAAGUCCCUAGAAAUAGAACCACGUAACGUCAAGCCACCCCCAAGAUUUCCCAAAAAAUACACUUAUUCCCUCAAAUCUCCGGGUGUUCGUCCAUCAAACCCAAGGCCAGGCACCAUGAGACACCCUACACCUCUGCAACAGGAGCCAAGAAAAAUCAGUUACAGUCGUGUCCCUGAGAGUGAAACAGAGAGUGCUGUUUCUGCACCGAACUCUCCAAGAACACCGCUCACCCCACCCCCUCCUUCUUCCACUUCUAGUACUACAGAUGUCUGCAGUGUGUUUGACUCCGAUCCCUCAACCCCUUUUCAUUCAAGGUCUGCUUCUGUGUCUUCCAUAAGUUUUCCCAAAAGCUCAGAUGAUAUUGCUGUUCCCCCUCCUAUUCCUCCCCGAAGACGUCCAGAAUCUGCUCCUACUGAAUCCUCUCCUUCAAAGAUCUCUUCUGCACAUCUGGAUAGUCCACCAGCAAUCCCUCCUCGGCAGCCGACAUCAAAAAUCUAUUCACCGAGGUACUCGGUGCCAGACAGGACCUCUAUCUCUGAGCCCCCAGAAAGUCCACCUGUAUUGCCACCUCGAGAACCUGUGCGAACUCCUGAUGUUUUCUCUAGUUCACCUCUCCAUCUCCAGCCACCACCGUUAGGCAGAAAAAGUGAACUUGGCAACACUUUCUUUCCCAACAGUCCAUCCCCAUUUACUCCCCCUCCCCCUCAGACGCCCUCUCCUCAUGUAGCACGGAGGCAUUUGCCAUCACCUCCUUUGAUACCCCAAGAUACGGACCUCCAUUCUGUUGCUGGGCCACCUGUUCCUCCACGGCAAAGCACUUCUCAACCUAUCCCAAAGCUUCCUCCAAAAACUUACAAAAGGGAGCCCACACAUCCAUCAAUGCAUCGCGAUGGACCCCCUUUGCUGGAGAAUGCCCACUCCACCUGAAGACUCCCUCCUACUAGAGAGAAUGCUUUCCCUGGUGCCAUGUCUGUUGCUGGCAAUAGAUGCACUGUACUUUGUUGGCACCAAGGAGUUGAGCUGUGUUGCUUCUAACACUAAAGACUCUACAAUAUGUUUGAUAUAUGGUGUACAAAAAAAUGAAUCUUAAUAACAGCCCCCUUAUCGUGAAUAAACUGUUGCUGUUUGUUAGUGUAGUAUGCAGGGCACUGUUCUAAAGUCAGUGGACAUCUGAAUGUACCAGAAAACAGAUUUGCAGAUCUCUUUGGGCCAAUAAACAGACAUUGUGCUUUGUGUAAUGUCCUGUGAAGGAUUAAAAAACAUAGUCCCAUAUUCAUCUGUCCACCAUGAUGUAAGUACUGGGAGUGAAAAUAUUAUGCACUUUUUAAAAAAAAGAUCUCAAGCAGGGAACUUGAUAGUCUUCUUCCCUUUUGUUUUGUUCCCUACUUUCAAAUCAUGAACUGGACUGUGAGGAAGAUCUGUGGUACUGACAGCUAAUGUAGAGCUAGGACAUAACACCAUACUGCAGGCCUGUUUACAAACUGUUAACAGUUACUAGAAAUACAUGGGUACCUAGGCUUCACCAAAGAGGUACUUUCCUCCUUUAUGAAUAUUAUGGUGCCAGUUCAAAAAUAAAUUUUUGCCAGUAAACAGAAUGCCUAACUUUUUUCACCUUUAAACAAAUGAGAUUUAAAUCUUACAUGAAUGACACCAGUGACACAAACUGCAAAACAGAGCUAUUGUCAGAGCAUAAUCUGUUCCUACAUUUAGAAUACUGUUAAAUCUAGACUCGGUUAGGUCUUCUUCAUUUUAAGGUUUACUGAUAACCCUCUUAAUGGCUGGUAGUGCAACAUCUUUGAGAUUAUGCCAUGGAAAUGCAAAAGAUGAUCUGCUGGCCAUAUUCCCUAGUUAUCACCAUGUUUUAACUAGUAGUAGGUAGAUGAAUAAUCAGCACCCAUAGAAUUGCCUUGUAGAUGCAUAAAUAAAUCAUAUGUAUAUAGUGAAUGUUGCAUAAAUAUACUUGCAAAUUGUUUUUAAUUUAAUUGAAAUAAAAAUACAGAUAUUUUGUCUGGCUGACAUAUAUUAAAUUAUUGCAUUGCUAAAUGUACAUUUCAGUUCAAAGCACUGAGAAGGAGACAAAUGCUGUGGUACACACCUCUCUCUAUCUCGUUGUUUUAGUCUUUAAAUAAUAAAUUUAGAAGAAGUCCAAGGUUUGGCUUGUGAAAAAGGUGUGUUAGGGUGAUUCAAAGUGAACAUCUGUGUACUUAACAUGGAUCUCAAGCAUGUAAUACAGUACAGAAUUUCAAACUCUGUUUAACCUCUUAAACUUUGGUGUCAGAAAUGUUUGAAAGAAACUAUGUGAAUAUUCUACCUUGGAUUAUCCAUAAACCUGUGAACUGCGCUUCUGAUUCUAGUACUGUGCUAGUAAUGCAUGCCACUUAUUGAAGAUAUUUUAAUCAUUUCUACUACACUAGGAUUUGUGAAUAGUGCAGUAUUGUAUCCUUAGUUGCUAAGACUCUUAUAGGAUGUUUUCUCCUUGGCAAAACCAAUAUACAUUUCGGUAAUCUAGAAAGCCAUGUCACUUGAACAGUGUUGGUAGAAGACUGUAUCACCAUGAAAGCUACUGUUCUAAGACGUUUCUAUAGCACUAUACAGUGCGGUCUUUUCAUUUCAGGAAAAGUUCAUUUAAUCUACAUUAAAUGUAUCCUUUUUAACUUUCAAUACGCAGAAACAAAAUAAGGGCAUUCUGGGAUAAAAAUUUUAUAAUGCUAGACUGUAACAAGUGUUAAGCUGAGCCCAGUUGAGGGUUAGAAAUACUUUAAAAAUAGUUGAACUUAAAGGAAAGUUGGGAAACUGCCCCCUACUUAAAUGCAAUUGUUUUCUUUUAACACUAAAGGUAAUGGCAACAGUCCUGUCCAAAAGGGCUUUAAAUUACUGCAGAUGAUAUUGCUCCCACCUGAGCCUACUAGGGGGGGAAAUUCUACUAAACCUUUUGUCAUUUCUCUAGGCUCUGCCUACAGAUUGAAAGUUCCCUAAUCAAACCACCUUUAUUUUAGAAAGGAGUGGGAAGGGAAAUAGAGUAUGGAUUUCACACUUGCUAAAUCAAUUUAGCAUUUUUGCAAGCCACAGCAUCUUGUACAGAUCUAUCUUUCUCUUAUCUUGAAUGAGGAAAAAAGUUCACUUUAAUAUUUCCACCAACCCCCAUAGUUGCUGAGAUCAUCAUGCUUGAUGUAAUCCAGAUGCUUUGGUAAUUAAGCUAUAAUAUAAAUAGCUUAAAUAAAUAAAAUACUUAAUCCCAGAUGCCAGAUUAUUAAAUGAAUUGGUUUAAGGAACUGAGAUACUAAGCCACUUGUUCCAUUAGAGUCGGUUUGUAAGCUUCAGGGUCUCUUAUGAUGGCUGAGGUAAAAUAAUUAGGUCAGCAGGACUUUUAAAAAGUGCAAAAUCUCUGUCUCCUGGGUGUGGUAGAUUCCCAGGAAUCCACUGAAGUGGACGUUAUGCAUGAGCAAAGUAUGCAUAGUUCUUCAAGCCUCUUAUUUAAUAUAAUCAACUCCCAUUAUGUUAAAAAGAGCUCUGUUUUUCGUUUUGAAAAUGCUCUAUUUUAAUUAAAAUUACUUUGUGCUCACCCCAAACGUCAGUUAUGUAGUUCGUUGUUACUAUGUGAAGGAUUCUUGACAUGGAAUUUGAUAGUCUACAAAAAGUGCCGUGCUUUGACAGAAGUAAUCUUUACUGCUUGUUUCAAAAUCCAUCCCAAGGUGUUGCAAGAGUAUUACUGAUUUAAAAAAUACUUUGUGACUUGGUUGGAAUUCUUGGUUGAGGUUGAGGUACUAAAAUUAUACAAAAUAGGUAAUUUCUUUAUUAGAACAAAUAUUGGUGUAUGCAGGCUUCUUACACAGAGCUCUUCACCAGACAAAACAAUACAAAAAAAAUCCUAUUUUUCAUGGGACCAAUAUAUGUUAGUGCAGGAGCACACAUCCUAUAUUUUCCUCUAGCAAGUUUGGUAUUAGAGAGGGAGAAUAAGCUAACUUUUCACUCUCUGGAUCUAGUGUGCCAGCAGUAGUAUAAUUUGAAGUAGGGGGGAAAUCUGAGUCUGUCAGCAGAGUGUUGAUGGCUGUGUUUUGACCUUACCAAAACUUUCAUCUUAAGUGUGGCGGUUUUUGCUUAAAUUGAACUCUUAUGGUUAUUUUUUUUCCAUUUAAAAUUCUGCCUUAGAAUUCAGUAGGUUUUCAAAUUGGUCUUCUGCGUUAAACUUAAAAUUGACUGAGAUCCAAACUGCUGUACACAGUGUUCUGCAUGCACACACUAGGGCAGCCUUUCCCAAGUAGUGGGCCACCAGACGUUGUUGGACCACAACUCCCAUCAGCCUCAGCCAGCAUUGCCAAUGGUCAGGAAAGAUGGGAAUUGUGGUCCAACAACAUCUGGUGGCCCACUAGUUGGGAAACGCUGCGCUAGGGCUUUUCUAAUCCUCCCCGCCCCCAGUACCACUGCAGCCCCUCCCCACUCCCUGGAAAGCUUCUCUGCAGGGUAAGUCAUGGAAUCAGUAUCUGUGGAAAGGUUCUGCUAAUGCAUGGAGGACUUUUUGGUUUCCUGCUAUCUUUUCUUAAAAAAUAGUAUAUUAAUAAAUUCAUAAAGUGUUCUCCAAAUACAAAUUGGCCUCACUGCUAUGACAGUGACAGGUGGUAGUUAAAAGACUAACAACAUCUGUUGAAGAUCACCUGUGUUCAAUACAGAUGUAGCUGUUUAGGGUAAUCUUGAUUGGAACUUGGCUAAGUUCCCAAAUGGUUUCUGUUGGAAUGUGCCAGCUUGUUGUCUGAAUGUUUUCCUGUCAGUGUGUCUUGACUAUUUGCUGUUCUGUGUACAAUUUUUUGUUGUUGUUAUGUGCCUUCAAGUCAAUGACGACUUAUGGCGACCCUAUGAAUCGGUGACCUCCAAUAGCAUCUGUCAGGAACCACCCUGUUCAGAUCUUGUAAGUUCAGAUCUGUGGCUUCCUUUGUGAAAUCAAUCCAUCUCUUGUUUGGCCUUCCUCUUUUUCUACUGUUUUUCCCAGCAUUAUUGUUGUUUCUAGUGAAUCAAAUCCUUGCAAUUCCUGUAUUUUUGGAGGUUGGAAGGGAGCCUGCUGUGAUGUAAAACCUGUUUUUUAUUUAACCAGGGGAAAAGAUAAAUAAGGCAGCUUCUUUGGAUGUUUUCCCUCACAAGGCCUGAUCUAGAUGAUGGGCUGGUGCAAGAGCUAACUCAUGUACAGCUGUUUUAAAUUGUGCUCUUAAACUGAUCAGCGAUCACUUCCAUAUUUCUUUCUGGGCUGUUAUUUUUCACUGCUAAUGAAAAGUAAAUGUAGGCCUAUUGCUGAUGACAGGUAUUAAGCCAAAAGCACUUGGGUUUUUUUGGUGAAUGUUCACCAUGUUUGACAUUUCUUUUGUUUUUUAAAAACAAAAACCUUAAAGUGCAUUUUUUCUGUCAACUGUGAGCAAAUCCCCCUUUUGCCUUUAAUAGUGACCUAAAAUAGUGCAUUAAGCAGACAAUUGCUGCAAAAUUGCAAAUGGAGUGACCUUCAUAAAACAGUCACAUACCCAGGUGAAGGGGGGGGAUAAAUCUUGUGCCAGAUGUAUGCAACUUUCAGUAGCUGCCAAAUGUGCCUUUAAAAAAUAAAAUCGGAGUUCUUUUUUUCUGAAACAUGGUAGAUUCUCUUGCUGGAUGGUGUCUUAUUUCAGGUAACAUUUCUUAUUUGGCCAAUUUAGAAAUCAAACUUUCUGUUUCUCUAUGUACAGGUUUUUGAUGAAUUCUGAUAAUUUGUAUAUUUAAAACAUACUGCCUUUUGUUUAAUGGAGUGGAUACUUUGCUAAAUGGUUAAGAAGCUAAGGGAGUCCAAUCCAGCUGUUUAAGGUUGAAGUGGCGACAUCUAAACUGGCAAAUCUUAUGGGCCUAAGUGUGUACCUAAUCAUGUCUGUAGGUGAGCUUUGUAUGCUAUGUCUGCAAUGGUAUUCAGAUUGCAUUUAAAGUGAAAAUUAAUAGUGGCUGUUACUUUUUGGCAUUCAAGAGAUCUGUUCUUAUGAAAUAAAUAAAAAUGCCUUACAUAUCC